AUGAGAUUUCUGAGACCGCUGGAUAAAAUCAAUUUAUCGCUGUUGAACAGAGAUCGAAAUUUGAAGAAAAAGCUGAUUCUGUGGAAAUUCGAGUCAGAUUUGAAGGCUGUGUACGAGAAAUUUGUGGAUGCUGUGGAGCGUUUGGCUGGAGGAACCGUGGAAAAAUUGUGCAUAGUGGCAUGCCGUACUGCGUUAGAAUUAUUGCUUGAACGGCCGGAGCAAGAGCAGAAAUUGCUCUCUCUGCUUGUCAAUAAACUUGGUCAUCCGAGCAAGACGCUGGCGACGCGUGUUUGUGGAUAUCUGCUGCAGUUGACUCGGAAGCAACCACUGAUGCGUUCAAUCGUUGUCAAAGAAGUGGAGCGACUUCUUUAUAGAAAGUUGGUAUUGAAUAUCUGUAUAGAUAUAUUUUCAAAUGCUAGCGGGAAUGACGUGAUGGAAAAAUAG